AUGCCGGCCAUGCUAGAUGACCCGGCGAGCCCCACCAUUUACCGGGUGUCCGGGGUAACGCCGUACCCGGACCCGAUGAACCCCUCCCUGCCGGCCGACAUCACCCCGCGUCAAGUGACGCUCCGCGACCGCCAGACCGUCGCUACAAUCAUCCCCUUUGCCUCGCGGCACGAGGUGCCCCCGUCUCUGGUGCGCUACCUCAGUGACCAGCUCAACAAGGAGAUCGAAGGCGGCGACACCUACCCGAUGAUGGAGAUCAUGACGGCCGAACAAUUCGGCGCCUACUGGUUCCAGAACUUCGGUGCCGUCAUGAUGUUGGGCAAUAUCGAGCAUCCGCACGCGGAGCUCAACGACGACAUGGACUGGUCUCGCGAGUGCCUCGGCAGCUUCUACAUCAAGCCAAACUACCCGGGCCGUAGCAGCCACGUGUGCAACGCGGGCUUCCUCGUCACCGACGCCUCGCGUAACCGCGGCGUGGGCCGCCUCAUGGGCGAGUGCUACAUCGACUGGGCGCCCAAGCUGGGUUACACCUACUCCGUCUUCAACCUCGUCUACGAGACCAACGUGGCCUCGUGCAAGAUUUGGGACGCCCUCGGCUUCAAGCGCAUCGGCCGCGUCAAGGGGUGCGGCAACCUCGCCUCGUACCCGGGCACCCUCAUUGACGCCAUCAUCUACGGGCGGGACCUGCCUGUCCCCGGCAGCAACGGUGCAGAGUCGGAGGACCUCGUGAGUGAAGAGCGUUUCGACAAGAUCAAGUUUUAUUUGAAGUAUGGACGGUAUCCGGCGGGUGCUGACCGCGCCGAGAAAAGCAGGCUCCGGAGCGCGGCAACGCACUAUAAGCUGGUCGGGGAGGGGGAGGGCGGCGGCGGGGGCGAACGACUGAUGCUCAAGGAUAAGGAGGUCGUGCCGGAUCCGAGGAGGCAAUACGAGAUUGCGCGCGAGGUGCAUGCCGCCGGCCACGGCGGGAUCAACAAGACGACGGCGACGAUUGCAGAGAAGUACCACUGGAGUCGCAUCAAGGAGACGGCGAGCGAUGUGAUUCGCAACUGUACUGAGUGUAAGGAGCUCGGCAAGACGCCUGCGCCGGGGGGUGGAAACGGGGGUGGUGCCAAGGGGAGGUCGGCGGCAGCAUUGGCAGCUGCUGCGAGUGCUGCUUCUUCUACUUCUUCUGCUCCGCCUGUAUCGGUUGGCCUACUUCAACAGUUCUCAGCACCGCAGAUCAUGUCCUUUCGCUCCAACACCAACAUCCACAUCAUCACCACCACCUCCCGCCCCUAUCACCACCAAGAUCAUCACCCUACGCGGAAGUCACCUCCCUACCGCCCUCCCACACCCUCCGCGACCCCUCGGCCUCGCCCUUACCGCGCCACCCGCACCACAAUCCCAUGCUACAAGAUGAGUCCUUCCAGCCAAUUGAUCCGCAAAUCAUUGGCGGGCUACGGCCUCCGGGACCGACGUCGCAUCAUGAUCUUCAUCAUCACCACCAUCAUGAGAACCCGUAUAACCCGUACCACCCUCACCACACCGACUUCCAGGCGUUGCUUAACGCGACAGAGGCUGAAGAAGGUGUAG